AUGUGGGUCGUUCGCCCCGAGUACCUUGGAAAUCGGCCCAACAUGGCUGUCAUCCAUCUCGAUUCCAUUUCGCGAGGCGCGCACCUCAUCCCAGUGUACGGUACCGCAACUCUACCAGAGGAGUUGCAGUUUCAUGAUUCAUUGGACGCGUUUUGUACUUUCUAUGUUAACCGCUGGGCAGAUCACCACAUGCACUCUUUUAUGUAUGGUGACAAUUAG